AUGGGUGAGAUCUCGUACUCCGAUAAGUACUACGACGAUACUUAUGAAUAUCGACACGUGGUUCUGCCUCCUGAAGUUGCCAAACUGCUUCCUAAGAAUCGACUUCUCUCCGAAAAUGAGUGUCGAGCAAUUGGGGUUCAACAGAGCCGUGGUUGGGUUCAUUAUGCAAUUCAUCGACCUGAGCCACAAAUAAUGCUUUUCAGGAGGCCUUUGAAUUGUCAGGAGCAGCAGCAGGAAAACCAGGCCCAAAUUAUUUGA